AAAAUGUUGGCAGUUCCGAAUUAAAUUUUAGGCUAAGGUUAUGAUUAUUCAAUACAUCAGAUUAGUUUAAUAAAUGUGUAAAAUGAAAUUUUGUUAGAUAUUUAGUUUAAAUAUGUUUAUUCUUUGGAGAUCUUGUCAAGGCGGUAUUGCGGAGGCUUACAAAUUUACCAGGUUAAUACGUAUGAGUCAUGUUGGAAAUUGCAAAAAUUUAAGAAAGAAGCAUACAGACGUCAUAGUGGUUCCUGUGACACGAAUUCCUCCGCUAAGCCAGAAAUGUGAUACAAGUAUAGUUGACAAUUUGCCACAAGAUAAGGUUGAGAGAGAUGCAUAUGCUUGGCAACCAAGCCCAAACAACAGCUUUGAAAAUUUUAUAAGCUCUUCUAAAAAGUUGUCUAAAUUCCGCUUAACAUCUUUAGUUGUUGUAACUGCAAUGAGCGGAUACGCAAUGGCACCAGCUCCAUUCGAUUUAUGUACAUUUUUAGCAUGUUCUUUGGGUACUGGUUUGGUUUCCGCAGCUGCUAAUGCAAUAAACCAAUAUCAUGAAGUGCCGUUUGAUUCUCAGAUGUCAAGAACAAAAAAUCGCGUUUUGGUCACAGGUCAGAAGACACCUCUAUAUGCAAUAGGAUUUGCAGUGAUAUCAGCAACCGCCGGAUUAAGUUUGCUUGGUUUUGGCGUGAAUGGGUUAACUGCUGCUUUAGGUGCCACUAAUCUGUUCUUGUACACUUCUGUAUAUACACCUAUGAAAAGGAUAAGUAUACUAAAUACAUGGAUUGGUUCUCUUGUUGGAGCUAUUCCGCCAUUGAUGGGAUGGGCAGGCUGUGCCGGAAAUCUAGACUUAUCAGCAUUUGUGUUAGCCGGAGUACUUUUUGCUUGGCAAUUCCCUCAUUUUAACGCUCUGUCAUGGAAUCUACGGCCGGAUUAUUCACGUGCUGGCUAUAGAAUGAUGGCUGUGACUAAUCCUGCGUUAUGCCGUCGCACCGCUUUGAAAUACACUGUGGUUAUUGCCUUACUUUCCGCUGCAGCACCAUUGCUUGACUUGACAUCAUCCUGGUUUGUUUUGGAGACUUUCCCUUUGAAUGCAUACUUCUGUUAUUUGGCAUUUAAAUUUUAUACAAAGUCGGAUAGUAAUACCUCUCGGAAGUUGUUUCGUUUUUCACUCAUUCAUUUGCCCUGUUUGAUGCUAUUAUUUUUGCUGAAUAAGAAAAGAAGGUUGCCUACAGACAAAAAAAGUAUUGCAGAAGUACAAACGAAUAGCCUCCCCAGCGCUAAUACAUUAUGAAGACGAUCUGCGAAAUCGGAAAAUCUUAUCUCGCAGUAAUAAAAUGUAUUCGAAAAUGUAGUAAUAAAAAAAUAACAAAAGUAAUUCGUAUGUAAGUUCAGUUGUGUAUUUUAAGCAAAAUAAAAUACAUCAAAAAACGA